AGUGAGUGUGUGAGAGAGAGGAAGGGAGUGAGUGUGAGAGAGAGAGGAAGGGAGUGAGUGUGAGAGAGAGAGGAAAGAGAGAAAAGGAGCGAGUGUGAGAGAGAGGAAAGAGGGAAAAGGAGCGAGUGUGAGAGUGGAAAGAGGGAAAAGGAGCGAGUGUGAGCGAGAGGAAGGAGGGAAAAGGAGCGUGUGUGAACGAGAGGAAAGAGGGAAAAGGAGCGAGUGUGUGAGAGAGGAAAGAGGGAAAAGGAGCGAGUGUGUGAGAGAGGAAAGAGGGAAAAGGAGCGAGUGUGAGCGAGAGGAAGGAGGGAAAAGGAGCGUGUGUGAACGAGAGGAAAGAGGGAAAAGGAGCGAGUGUGAGCGAGAGGAAAGGGGGAAAAGGAGCGAGUGUGUGAGAGAGGAAAGAGGGAAAAGGAGCGAGUGUGAGCGAGAGGAAAGAGGGAAAAGGAGCGAGUGUGAGCGAGAGGAAAGGGGGAAAAGGAGCGUGUGUGAGCGAGAAAAGAGGGAAAAGGAGUGAGUGUGAGCGAGAGGAAAGAGGGAAAAGGAGCGAGUGUGUGAGAGAGGAAAGAGGGAAAAGGAGCGAGUGUGAGCGAGAGGAAGGAGGGAAAAGGAGCGAGUAUGAACGAGAGGAAAGAGGGAAAAGGAGCGAGUGUGAGCGAGAGGAAAGAGGGAAAAGGAGCGCUUGUGAGAGAGGAAAGCAGUGAGUGUGAGAGAAAGAGGGAAAGAAAGCAAGUGUGAAAGAGAGAGACAGAGCGGGCGAGAAAGGAGCGACAGUGAGAGAGAGAAUGGGCGAGAAAGGAGCUACUGAGAGAGAGACAGAAAGGAGCGACUGUGUAAGAGAGAGAGAAAGAGACAGUUGGAAUUAGUUUAGUUUCCGUUCUAUAUGACUGAAUGUGAGAGGGAUGGAGAUUCUUAACCUGUUGUGACACAUCUGAGGAAAGCAAUAAUGAGAAAAAGUAAAAGUGCUUCUACCUUAAAAGGGUCUAAUUUACUGGUGCAUCAAAACACAAGACUGAAGGCUUCUAAAAGUGUGAGAACUAGAAGAGAUGGAAGAAGUCAAACAAAUAAAAGACACACUCCUGCUCAGAACAAUAGAGCCAAAUUGCCAAGUCAGAAACAUCCAGAACCUUCACCAAACCUCUCCUGCAUUUUUAAGAAUCCAGACAGUCAAGAUGAUGAUGAAUACUAUGAUAGUCCAUUGCACAGCACGGCAGUGUUCGAUGGUGAAUCAGAGCUGAAUAAUGAAAGAGGUGAUAAAGAAGCAGAAGGUCCCAUGCAGAGUAAUCAGGGAAAGCGUGUCCAGCAAUCUGUGCCUCAAGUUAAAAAAAAUGGGAGAGUGAAACGCAGUGCAUUGACUCGCAUAUCUGAAGGUGUGGAAGCAGAAGAAAGUGAAAUGAAUACAGGAAGUGUAAACAAUGAAGCAUCGAAUGAAAAUACAACAGAAUCUGAUGAAAAGCAGAAAAGGCAAAAGGGCAAGAGAGCAAAUGCAUCAACAGUUCACAGCAGGAACUCCGCUUUACAUGCUGGGCCUUCCAAGGAGACUUCGCUACAAGAUAAUGUUAAGACCUAUGGACGGAAAAGAAAACAAACUUUGGUCAUGACAACAGCUGAAUCUGAUGCUUCUUCUAAUUCACCUGCAUCAAGACCUCUUACUCCAGAGGCUGGUCCAUUGUCUGCGAAAAUCUCAUGUCCUGAGGGUAUGAAGAGGUUAACAAAAAAUAUCACCGACCUGGACGUUGUUCUUGACAAUUUUGAGGAAAUUGUUACAGAAUACAAGCAGUCUAUGGAAUCUACCGUUUGCACAAAAGUAAUUGACAGAUUCUUCACUGCGUUAAAGGAGCAAAUUACUGAAACUAUCAGUCAAGUAAAAGAUCUGAAGAAUGUGGAAAGAGCAAAUGCAAAGGUGAUGACAACCUUCAAAAGGACAAGACAGCACUUUCUAGUAGCUCAGAAGGAAUUGAAUGAGCAGGAAGUACAACUCAAAUACUUGCGGAAGGAGUAUUCUGAGUUGAGUCAAAAGAAAUCAGAUUUGCUACUUGCAACACAAUUCCUGUCUGGUUUUAAACAACUGCAAACAGAAUAUAUCGAACGCAGGAGCAAAAACCCUGGUGAGAAACAAAUGUAUACUACUUCCAGCUUUCCUGCUUUGUUGCUAGAGGCACGUGGAAUUCUCAGAGCAGAAAAACAGCUGCAGAUAAUAAAUGCAAAAUUACAGCAAUCACUAGAGAAGAAGCAAAACAAUUCAAAAAGAAUGCAGCCUGGGGGUCCAGUAAGUUGUUCAUCUUCCAUAAAGCAGUGUUAAUUGACCAAUUACAGGCACAUGUUCUUGAGGUUCCUGAAUUGACUGUUUGCAGUAGACAAAUGGAAAAGCAGGUGGACAGUAUAUGCCAGCAAAGAAGCCUCUUUAAUUUGCCAGUCAUUUUAAAUUAGGGUGGAAGAUGUGAUUAAGAGAUUGGUAGAGGUGUGUAUUCCUACCGGCUACUGAUGUAGUAACCACAAAAUUUACUUGUUAUUUUUCAGCAUGUUCUAUCUUUACUAAUGUGGUUUGUAUAAACAAAACAAACUUUGUAGUUUAUCUUUUAAGGUGUUUAUUUCAUAUUACAAAUAUAACUUUUCAUGUAUUAUAAAUUUGCUUUGAAGAGUCAAAUAAGACAAAGUAAAAAUGUAUGC